AUGCUGUGGCGCUACCUCAAUACUCUACUGCUGGGGUCGGCGAUGGAGAACUGGGGCCUUAUUUUGGGAUCGUACGUCUUCAGAAAAAAAAAAUUGAUUAUUUAUUUGUAGAUAUGAGGUUUUAUUGGUCGACAUGGAUUAUGCGACGACUGCACAACUGACUGACGUAGCCGAGGUCACCGCGCACGAAACAGUUCAUCAGGUGCUUUUUUUCAAUCACUCAGUUUAACUUUCUUUUUGCAAAGAUUGCAUCGGUUUCAAAAUUUUCAGACCCUUUUAGAUCACUAAGCCAUUUCAAAAUGAAUAUUUUCAAGACUUAAUAAAACUAAUACUUUGAACUUACAGUGGUUCGGAGACUUGGUGUCCCCGGAUUGGUGGAGCAACCUAUUCCUCAACGAGGCUUUCGCCCAAUAUUGGUACGCCAAUGGAAUCAAUUACACCUUCCCAGAACAAUCAGACUACGCCAUCGUAGGAAAAGACGGUUGAAGAAAUUAUAAAAAUUGAUAUUCAUAGGAUUUCAACCGUUUUCAAACGAAUGCAAUAGCUCUGGAAAUCGACUGCAAUUCGAAAAAUUCGAGACCAGUCAUUUCGGAUGCACCGCCUCUUUUCAGCAACAUCAUUUAUUAUAAGGUAAAAUCGCUUCGUCGGGUAAGAAAAUCCGCAACUCAGAACUUAUCAUUGUUUUCCGAGAAAAAGUGAAUUUUUCGUGCUUGGUUUUUGAUCCAGUAAACAAGUUGAAACGUGUAUUUCCAAUAUAAUCAAUUGGAAAAAAUGCUGUGAGUUGCUGGAAAUCUUUUUUUCGCAAACAUCUCUGACAAAAUUGGUCUGAAGACAUGAAGCGAGUAUUGUCCUGAUUAUUGACUCUGAUAUAUGAAACUUUUUAGUUUUUUCCCGUUUCAGGGAAGCUCACUUCUCAAUCUUCUCAGUAACACUCUGAGUCCGGCUGUCUUACAAACCGGGCUCCAAAACUAUCUGCAAAGCUACAAAUAUUCAAACGCCAAUGCUCAAGAUCUCUGGGCAGCAUUGACUCAGGUAAUUUCACUUAGAUCUUUCAAAAUGCUCCAAAAAUUACAGGCGGCGAGAGACGCUCAGAUGAAGGAUUGGAACGGAAGUCCUCUGGAUGUGUCUUCUUUCAUGGAUCCUUACACUCUUGAGGUGAAGAUCCCCUGGAAUAAAAUUAGAAAUGUUCUAGGCCUCCUAUCCAAUUUUGAAACUCACGUUCAUCAAUGGGAUGGUCUCAUAUGAACAAGUUUCGUGUAUCGGAAAUGGUCUUACUUGGAAUAUUCCAGUGUUUUCACAAACAACUACGGGUGAAGGUGAUUUUCAAAAAAACAUAAUCCUUCAUAUCUGAUGUUUAUUGACCUUCCUUAGAAGAAGAAGAUUUUUUUGAAACCCAUAGCACACAGAAAAAAAAAGUUUUCAUUUCCAUAAAACAGAGGGGCUUGAGCGGAAAAGAUGUAAGUUUUUUCCUGAUGGCUUACAGUUUUCAACUGGUUCGUCGGAGCAAAUGGAAACAGCAAUUCAUGGAACCACACUGUUGGUUCUCCCUAUCAAAUCGACAAUACAAGAAGCAGCGUAAGAAAAAAAAAAUCCAGAAAAUAAUUUAAUUGAUCUCGCAGUCCUACGCACGUGUGCUUUAUGAUGACCAAAGUUGGGCCAAUUUGCUGAAGCAAUUGACCACGAAUCCAAAUGUGUUUGAUCCAAGCACUCGGGCUUCAAUUUUGGAUGACGGACAAUUUUUCGUACAGUAAGAAAUUUGAAAUUUUCGACUUUAUUUUUUGUUAUCGAACGGCUUUAAUUUGAUAAGCACUUUAUUUUUGUUGGUCAAGCUAUACUUGUCUUAUCGCCAGCUUGAAAAAAAAAAUGUAGACGCUUGAACUUCUACUUUUGCUCACUGUUUUGUAAAUCAUUGCAAAAAGUGGAAAAACUUAACUUUUCGAAGUUUUUCAGAAACGAGUUGUGGAACGUGACGCGUUGGCUCGAUCUUUCUCUUUACUUACAAAACGAAUAUUCUUUGGCGCCAUGGAAACAAGCUCUACCUGUUCUGAAGAACUACCUUUCUCGCUUCAGAUAUCAACCUUAUUUUAAUGAAAUCACGGUUAAGACAACCAUCGGAACGAAAAAAAAAUCUGGAACUUGCAGAACUACGUAGCCAGAGUUACUGAGAAUGCUUAUGUUGCUUACGGCUGGAGGAUAACUACAAAAUGGACAAACAAGUAAGAAUAUCAGUAAAAACUCUUCAAGCAACAAGUUUUGAAUAUCUUAAUCUUGAAAUCUAGAAAAAUGCCAGUCAAAUUGAAAAUUAAUUUUAUCUCAAACUUAAAUUCUGCUUAUUUGAAGUCAAUAAACACACUAAAAUGGAUUUUCUUUGAUUGAGUGUGUGCAUUUUUCACAUAUUAUGACAUCCUUGAAACAUAAAAUUGUCCUAUUUUGGAUUAAAAAACUCUCAAGACUAGUUUCCAGUGCUUUGGCCAACGACCUGACUAAUAUUGGUUGUGCGACUGGAUUUACGGAUUGUUCUGAUCUAGCGACUCUUUAUUUCGAAAAGUUCGUGACUACCUGCCAAUACUCGAACUACGGUACUGCUCAGUGUUCAAAGUUUGUCGGGAAUUAAAAAUCACUGUCUGAAGAUUGGGUAAUUUCAGCGUCAGUCCCGAUUUGAGAAAGACCAUGUACUGCUACGGAAACAAAUUGGUUCCAAACGAUCAACUAUUGUUGAACUUGUAUGGCUAUUAUGCCAACAAUGCGACUUAUUUCGAUAGAGAUGGAGAUAACUUACUUCAUGCGUUGGGAUGUACCGGCGACGCAGUUUCGUUGAGAAAGUGGGUUUUGAAGUUUUCUUGAAGUUUGAUAAAAGGAUAUUUUCAAUUGAUUUGGUAUCAAGGUGUCCUGAAACACCUCUGCGUCAAGUUCAUCCCAACAUUAACUUUCACACCCCUCAUAAUUUUCGUGAAACAGUAUUCCCAUGUAUAUCAGUUUUCAAUUUUUUCGAAUUUGAAUCAACUUUUAUGUUUGUAGACUCAUCACGAUGGUCAUUUUCGGCCAGCUCCCAACAAGACUCCUCCGAUACAUUGGCGAAAACAAUAACGACGGCUUGGCUCUUUAUAACUUCUUGAUUUCGAACACUCAACAAGUUGCUCUCAGCAAUAUCGACUUCAAGACAUUUGUUCGGGCGAUGGCUCUCAAUUGGAGCACUGACGACCAAGUACAGAAGGUCCAGCUAAAAAAAAAGGUUUUCACUCAAUCUUUAUGUUUUUUUCAGAUGGAGCACUUCAUGUCGACGGAAGAAUAUCAGCUCUUGAAUGUUCAGCAACAGAAAGAUUGGCGAGAUGAAUCAACUGUCGUUUCCGGAAACAAUUUGUGGAUAGAGACUCACGGGCCGGUUAUUCGAGGCUGGAUCAAUCAGAAUAUCGAAACCACGAAAUAA